AUGGCAUCAACCAAAUCCUUCAUCACUGCUUUACUUCUUGUUGUAACAAUGUCAAGCAUGAUCUUAGAAGCACGCCAACUUUUGCAAACAACCACACAACCAAAUUUGCCUGGCAUUCCAAGUUUUCCAAAACCAACAACAUUGCCACCUUUGCCUUCAAUUCCAACAUUGCCUCAAGCCAGUCUUCCUCCAUUGCCAGUGCCAACUAACAUUCCAUCUCUUCCUAAGCUUACUAUGCCACCACUUCCUAGGUUUCCUACCAAUAUUCCAACUAUUCCAUCUCUCAACGUUCCACCAUUGCCAGCAGCCACAUCACUUCCCAACUUACCCUCAAUCCCAACCAUUUUCCCCUCCAUCCCAUUUAUCUCUCCACCACCUUCUUCCCCCUCUAGCCCUUAA